CGGGUGCCUAGCGCGCGGAUGACGCGAGGCGCGGACCAGGCAGAAGGAGAUAUCGGCUUAGACAUGCCCCGGCCUUAGGCUCUCGUGCACGGCCAUGGCGGGGGCCCAUGGCGGGGCCGGCCGCGGGGCCCGCCCCCUAGGCCAGCCAUGAGGCCAGCGGGCCAGCCCGCCGGCAGACAUGGCUAGCGCGGCGUGCGGCUGCUCCAACAUCUCCAUCAUGCAGUUGUUCCACCAGCUCAAGCAGGACUUCCCCGCCGCUCCCGACGAGGUGGUCAUGCAGUGCAUCUGGCAGCACGCGCACGACAAGGAGGCCUGCGAGCGCGCGCUCCAGGGCCUUGAUGGUGCCUUCCUGGUGCACACGUACCCGUCGGCCCUGACGGCCCUCAUGACCGGCGCCACGAGGAUGCCAAUGCCUGGCGCCAUGGGUCGCCCUAUGCCAGGGCAGGGGCCCGUCGCGGGGGCCGCCCCCAACCACGUCGUCGUCGCCGCUCCGGGCCACGGCAAGGGCCACGCCAAGGGCCUGGGCACCGAGGCGCUCGGCGGCGACCACCCCAGCAGUGCGGAGGCGCGGGGGCUCCACCGGCCGCCCCGCAAGAUGCGGCCCGCACCGCCACCGCCGGUCCAGGCCGCCGUCACACCGCCGCAGACUCCGCCCCCGCGGCUGCGGCCAGCGCCGCCGCCGCCCCCGGGCCCGCCCUCGCCGAGCAGAGUGAACGGGCCUAGUGAUCAAGUGACUGUGCUGGAUGUGAACUGCAGCGUGUCUCGCGGCGCGCCGCCCCCGGGCACGCCCCCCGGCCCGCCCCCGGGGCCGCCUCUAGGGUCGCCGGCGCCGCCCCGGCGCAUGACCACCAUGGACAUCCAGCCCGCGGCGCCCUUCGGGGUGGGGGUGGUGCCGCCGCGGUCCUACACGUCGGUGAACCUGACGCUGCGCCCGCCCGCGGCGGACCAGCCGCCCAUCGACAUCCACUCGGGCCGAGACUCGGGGGGCUCCAGCCUCACGUACUCGACCUCGUCCUACGACCAGCGCCAGGGCUACCAGUCGCAGCUGCAGAUCCGCAUCGGCCCCAACGGCCUCGGCAGCGUGUCGGCCAUGCGGACCCGCGCGCCCGCGCCCCCGGCGGUCGCCCCGCCCGCCGCGCCCGUCGUCGCGACCCCUGCCCCUGCUCCGCGCCCUCCGCCGCGCCGGCUCAUGAGCCCGCUGGCCGAGGUCGAGGAGCAGCUGCGGAGGCCGGCCGCCUCCAGAGAGGACCUGGAGAGGGCGGUCAUGGCCAUGGGCGGCGCCCAGCUCAGCCCGGACAUGAGAGUGUGGGUUGCGUCGGUAUGCGACCGGCGCCGGCGGCCCGGCCCAACGGGGCCUUCAAACUUUAUCGUUUGCACGUUUUUUCUCUGCUCUGGGCACGACAGACGUCAGGGUGGUGAACACCUGGUGCGCCAGCUGGAACGCCGCACACUUCUUGAGACUGAGCUAGAGAAGGAGCGAUUCAAGCUCCAGAUGAUGCAGAGGGAGGUUUUGGAAAUGGAGAGAGACCUAGAGCGGCGCACAGCUCAAGUCAGGCCGCGCGCCCCUCCCGCUCUUCCUGUGAUGGAGAAAGUUCAGAGAUUGCGGACAGAAAUACAGACACUCCAAGAAGUAUGCACACGCAUGACAAAUGAAGUAGAUGCUAAAAGUCCAGAUUCACGGCCAGCAGAAGGAAGCAGCGCUGAGCCUGGCUGGACUUGCCAAACUUGUACAUUCCGUAACCAUUAUCUCUUGGAGGUAUGCGAGGAGUGUGAUGUUCCUCGCAUUCGACUAGGUAGUGAAAGCGCUGGGGCGCAAAGUGUGUUCAGUGUUCCAGCUGGAUUGCAUGCCUUACGUCUGCCUGGCAUUCUACCCGCCCUUGCUUCUCCUGCGCUCGAAUCAGCUCUCGCACCCCUCUCACUAAGUAGCAGUCCCAGUGCCCUGUGUGUUCCUAACAUGCUCACCCCAUUACCCAGUCCUGGACGCGAGGACUAGACAGUUAUAUUUUCCUGUGAUAAAUUAAACUUCACACGAACAUCACAAAUGGAGUUAUAAUCUUCUGACUGUCUUUGUGUGUAAAAUGUGAUUUUUAUUGGUUUUGUUUUGUGAACUCUCACACAUAUUGUAAGGCUUAAGUUAAGUAAAUAUUUUUGCUGUGAAGGUUAAGGCCUCUUGCCAUUCCCUGAUUUUAGUAAAUCUGAUCUGGUAAUUUUAUUAUCUUAAGCUAUUGGGAGCCACUUUAAUUGUUCCCUAUUGUUCAAAAAAUCAAAUUAAUUUAUAUUACCAGAAAUGACAAUUUAAGUGCCUUCUGCAGAAUCAAAAUUAAUUUAUGGGUCAUAGAACCAACAGUUAUAAGGUAUCCUUGGAAAUGUGCAAGUAUUCAUGUGUUUUCUGAAGUGUUAGUUUUAUAUUAUUCCCUUGAGAUUGUAAAGUUGUUGGUUUUUAGUCAUUUUCAUUGAAUUUGAAGUAGGAGAAUUUUGUGUUUGGAGUCAAGCUUGCAUGGAAUGUGAUUUACAAACAAUAAUUUUUUAUAGACUGCAUAGGAAUCUAGUGGCCUACAACAUUGUAUUGUACUCUGUUAUAACAUUCUAACAAAUAAUUGUGAGUUGUGAGACAUAGCUUUGUGUUAUAAGAAAAUUUCUAUGUAUUGGUUUGGAUCACCAUUGAUACUAUGAGACUAAAAACCUUGUUUUAAUUGGUGUGCCUUGAUUUCCAAUAGAGUCUGAAUUUGUUAUUAAACCAGACCCAUUGUUACUUAAUGAAUGUUAUUUAGAGUAUCUAGUGUUAAUAUUUUAUUUGUUUUCAGUACAGACAGAGCCAUUCCUUUUUAAUAUCACUUUAUUUUCUCCUGCACCCCUUCAUGAUAAAAUGCUCAUUACAUUCCCACACAUUUGCUACCAUUUGUUGGAGUUAGAUGAGAUGACAUUGUUGUUUUAUGUUUUUGAGAUUAUGGCCUUUGAAAAAGUUUUACCCUUAUUCUUCUGGGCUAAAAUGUAAAAUACCAUUCCUUUUCAUAAAAGAUUUUCCAGUUUUAAAUUGUAUGCUAAAAUCAGAAUGUUUAUGUGUUUUGUAUGUAAGUACAAAUAAUUUUCCUUACGAGUGUGUUUCUUUAGAGGCAAUAAAAAUUGCAACUUA